CUAAAACCCACUGAAUCACUGGUCCCUUUCAAUGAUGAUUGGUCCCUUUUUUUUCUAAAGACGGGUUUUAAAUUUUAAGAGACGAUCUGAAGAGCAGAACUGAGAAAGAAAGGGACACAGAUCUUACAAAGGAGUAAGGUAUAUCAUCUGAAAAUGAAAAUUAUAAUUCUUCUUGGACUCCUAGGAGCUACAUCCUCAGCCCCGCUUGUCUCACAACGCCUAUUGUCUGCUAGCAACAGUCAUGAGUUACUCCUCAAUCUGAAUAAUGGUCGACUUUUGCCACUGGAAUUUCAGGGUGCAUUUAACCCCUGGAUUGCUCCCUUCCCUGGGAUCCUGCAGCAGCAGCAGCAACAACAACAACAACAAGCUCAGGUCCCAGGAGGCCUACAGUUUCCAAUCUCAACACUAGAGAGCUUUGCUGGAUUUUUCCCAGGACAGUUUGGGCUUGCCCAAGUAGGCCAGGCUGGCCAACCAGAACCCUCACAGCAGCAAACCCCACCACAGACCCCACAGGGUGCUAACCUUGUGUCCUAUGUGGUUCCCUUCAAAGUGCCUCAGGAUCAGACACAGAUGUUUGGGUACUACCCAGUUUACAUGUUUCUGCCCUGGGAGCAACUUCAACAAGCGGUCACAUCAUCACCUCAGCAAACAGGUCCACAGCUAUUUGAGGAGCAGAUACCAUUUUAUAAUCAAUUUGGAUACAUACAACAACAAGCAGAACUGAUACCAUUCUAUAAUCAAUUUGGAUACAUACCACAACAAGCAGAACCUGGUGUACAAGGAGGACAGCAGCAUUUAGCUGUUGACACCUUUGUAGGCACAGCUCCAGAAACCCCCGGGAUGCCCAUAGAAGGCGGUCCGCUGCAUUCACAAAGAGAACCAGUCAGCUUUAAGCAUGACAAUGCAGGAGUUUUAAUGCCUCCAACUACCCCAAAACCAAGCAGCAAGAAUGUUUUCACUCCUGCAAUAGACCCAACUAUUGCCCCAGUACUUCUAGAACAGAAGGUCAAGACUGAUAAACUAAGAGAGCCAUAAGACAUUGUCUUAAUCACUCGGAGAUUUUGGGAGAAGAUGUGAUGGUACCUUCGCUGUCUUUGAGAUCAUUUUCCUCUUCUAUACUAAUAGAUAUUCGUUUAAUGGUAUAAAACCUCUUCACUAGUCUCCUAAUUUUCUUUACUUAGUAUAUUCUUCAUGUCACAAAAAAACUAA